AUCAACAAUCUUUUUUCAUCUUAUAUCAAAGGAAAAUCUGUGACUUCAAUUCUGGUUCAUCGUCUUUGUUUUCACUAAAGGGGUCAACCCAAUUGCUCAUAAAUGGAGCUCUGCAGAACCACUGCUGCAUUCUCAUGGGCUUACUCCAUCUCUCCUUCUCUUCACUUCCCUCAACGCUUCUCAAUGUGUGAGAGUAAGGGGCUUAGAGUUUGUUGCGCCGUCAAUGCCAGUGCUUCUGGGCAAUCUCAGAAGGAAAAUCAGAUGAUUGUGUCCGUAACAGGAGCAACAGGUUUUAUAGGGAGAAGAUUGGUGCAAAGGUUGCUUGCAGAUAAUCAUCGUGUUCAUGUCUUGACACGGUCUCGAUCGAAAGCUCAGUUUAUUUUUCCUGCCAAGGACUUUCGAGGAAUUGUAAUUGCAGAGGAGCCAGAGUGGAAGGACUGCAUUCAAGGUUCAAAUGCUGUUGUAAAUUUGGCAGGAAUGCCCAUAAGUACAAGGUGGUCUCCUGAGAUAAAAAAAGAGAUCAAGGAAAGCAGGGUCAGGAUUACCUCAAAGGUUGUGGAUAUAAUAAAUAACUCACAAGAUGAAGUUCGGCCCACAAUUUUGGUUAGUGCAUCAGCGAUUGGUUACUAUGGCGCAAGUGAAACACUAGUAUUUAAAGAGCAAAGUCCAUCAGGAAAUGAUUACUUGGCUGAGGUUUGUAGAGAAUGGGAAGGCAAAGCAUUCAAAGUAAAUAAGGAUGUUCGCUUGGUGCUUAUUCGAAUUGGUGUUGUUCUUGGAAAGGAUGGUGGUGCUUUAGCUAAAAUGAUCCCUCUCUUCAAUUUGUUUGCCGGUGGACCUUUGGGCUCUGGUAAACAAUGGUUUUCCUGGAUUCAUCUGGAUGAUAUAGUGGAGCUAAUAUAUGAAGCAUUGUCUAAUCCAUCUUAUACAGGAGUUAUAAAUGGAACUGCACCAAACCCUGUCCGUCUGGCUGAGAUGUGUGACCAUUUGGGAAAUGCCAUGGGCCGACCCUCAUGGCUGCCAGUACCCGAUUUUGCACUCAAAGCAGUCCUUGGAGAAGGUGCUUCUGUGGUCUUGGAUGGGCAAAAAGUGCUCCCUGCUAGAGCCCAGGAGCUGGGUUUCACAUUCAAAUACCCAUAUGUGAAAGAUGCACUAAGAGCCACCCUUCUUGGGAGUUAAGAUGUAAUGGGAUAUGCACAUUCUUUAUUUUUCAGAAAAAGCUUCUCAAAAGUUGGAGGCAUGGAGUGAGAUUCAAGUGAUCCAGAUUUGAGUCACGCUUACUUCUGCUGCGCCGAAACCAUUUUGUCCCUUGAAAAUAAGUUACAAAUUGUUAGCCUCUCUUCUUCCUCUGUUCUUUCAAAAUUAGUUGCAAUUAUUUGUGGUAAUGCACCAAUAAGCCAUUUGCAAUGUAUUUUAUGAAAAUUUAAAGAGACUACUUUUCUUUCACUCUCA